GUCGCGAUUAAGAUCAUCGACAAGAAGAGCUUAAGCCUGGACAACUUGAAGAAAGUGUACCGGGAGGUUGAAAUCAUGAAGCGGCUAAGCCAUCCGAACAUUAUCAAACUGUAUCAGGUGAUGGAAACUCAGAAUAUGCUGUAUAUUGUAUCGGAGUACGCCAGCCAGGGUGAUAUUUUUGAGUACAUAUCCCACAACGGCCGGCUGCGUGAGGACGAGGCGCAGAAGAAGUUCUCGCAGAUCGCGUCGGCGGUCGACUACUGCCACCGGCGCGGCAUCGUCCACCGCGAUCUUAAGGUGGAGAACCUUUUGAUAGACGCGGGCGGUCAGAUAAAGAUCGCCGACUGGGGCUUCAGCACCUUCUUCCAGCGGGGUGGUGCGCUGACCACCUGGUGUGGCUCACCGCCGUACGCGGCGCCCGAGGUCUUCGAGGGCAAGGUGUACACCGGCCCCGAGAUCGACAUCUGGAGCCUGGGAGUGGUGCUGUACGUGCUGGUGUGCGGCGCGCUGCCCUUCGAGGGCAGCACACCGUGCAGGCGCUGCGCGAGGACGGCGUUGCUGUCCGGCCGCUUCCUGAUCCCGUUCUUCAUGUCGACAGUGUGA